AUGGGCAACGUAGGAAGCCGAACAGACGAUGGCGCUCCUGUCUACUUCAAGGACCAGACGAGAUUCUCGAUCGCACAUGUCAACAUAACGAGCUCCCGAGGGCGCACCCUCGUCUCGCUCGCGCCCAACUCGUUCCCAGCCUCGCGCUACCACGCAAAGCGUGACUCGGGCGACAGCACCCCUGUCGAAUAUGUCCAGGACCCCGAACCUCUCUCGUCCACCUCUCCUGCCUUCCUCUUGCGCCUGGCCAACGAUGAAGAGCUUACCUUCAACUUCACAUGCGUCUUGCGCCAAACGACUUCGGCUCCCUCGAGCAUCAUUGGCGAUCACCAUGUCGCUCCUACUGGGAUGCCCGCUUCCGACACACAGCUAUGCGGCCUGACCUACGUUCAAGGCUCGAAUCCACGAGAGAUCGACCAGCUCGUCACGCGCGAGUUCCAUGCCGACCCCAAUUUGCACAGGAACGCAAACGUCGAGCUUGUGGGCGACUAUAACACAGGUGGUGUACCGUCGGUUCAGUUUCAGUGGUCCUGGAAGUGGAAGCCUCCAAAGCAGUCCGAGGACCACGGAGGAGGCUGGCGCAAUACCUGCAGCUUUGUUGAAUACAAUUCACGCGCUCACCGUCUCGAGACACUGGCCAGCUUCUCUUUCUGGGUCACCAGUACGUUCUCCAACACGCUAGCUUCUGCGCAACCUGUCCAAGCUGACAUUACACAAGACACACAGCGUUGGUUGAAUUCACCUACGUUAUCUCCCCCUCGGCUUAGGGUGCCAUCUGCUCAGUCCAUCGAGUCUAGGGUUAGCGCUGUCAGUGACUCGGACGGCGGCGAUCCCAGAGACUUCCGAGACUACCGCGAUUUUCGUGAACCCUCUUCGCCCAUGAUCGACGCAAUCCCAGAGUACGGCCUUGGACUAGUCCCUUCCAUGACCAAUGGAGGGCCAUCACCAUCCCACAAGGUCGACAUCAGCUGUGUUGGACGACCUGCCGAGGAUGCUAGCACUAGCGAUGAUGGCCCUGUCUUCAGAGCAACUAUGCGAGCCUUGGAGCAAAAAACUGGCACGAUGAGAUCUCGUAUGAAGAGAGUCUUGAGAGCCGCCGAAGCAGCCCAAGCCGCCCAGACUGCCUGCAACGACGCCCAUUCUGCCUUUAUGGACGCGCUUAGGGAGGCUUCCAACUCGAACGCGAAUGCCGUCCGUCCAGCUCUUGAGCACUAUUUCGACUCUAUCGCAAGAGAGAUUUUGCUUUACGAGCGCCAAAAUAAUGCAAACCUGCAGAAACUCAUUAUUGAGCCCAUCAACAAGCUUUACAGCCUCGACAUUAAACAAGCAGAGUCCAAGAGACGUGAUUUCGAUGAAGAAAGCAAAGACUACUAUGCCUACGUCAGCAAAUACUUGGGCCAACGCUCCGAAUCACUUAAAGAAAAGAAACGUGUGGAGAGCGACGCUAAAUAUCAAGCAAAGCGACGAACCUUUGAGCUGAAGCGUUUCGAUUACUCAUCUUUCAUGCAUGACUUGAACGGAGGCCGGAAAGAGCAAGAAGUCUUGUCUCAGCUUACAAAAUACGCAUCCGCGCAAGCUCGAGGAUAUCUUACUACGGCAAAAAAGGUUGAGGAGAUGCUACCACAGCUAGAGGCUCUGAACCGUGAAGUAUCAAACGCCGAUGUGGAGUUCCAGAUGCAGCGCACGGAGCGCGAGGAGAAGAGACGAGCGUUGGAGACCAACAGUGCCAAAUCACCCGAGAUCGAAAACCCACCGUCGCUGUUCAACACAUCAGGUGUCACACAACUUGACCGUGCAAGUAGCAUCAUAUCAGUGCCGCGCAACUCCAUCAUGUCCACCUCACCCUCAGCACUCAAUGGGUUCCCGUCUAGUGUCACUUCUCCGAACAGCUCGAGCACCAGCGGCCCGCUGCCUGUGAGGAACACUAGCAACAAGUUCAAGGGUAUCCGAGACCUAGAAGAGAAAGAUCUUUCCGCCACCUCUGCUGCAAGUACUGGCCAGUUCAAAAAAGAAGGCCUGUUGUGGUCUUUGAGCCGACCCGGCAGCCAUGUCGAUCCUAUCAUGAACAAAGCCAAUUGGCAUAAGUUCUGGAUAGUGCUCGAUCAAGGGAAGCUGUCCGAAUAUGCCAAUUGGAAAGACAAGCUGGACCUCCAUAUGGAUCCUAUUGACUUGCGAGUCGCGUCAGUGAGAGAAGCUCGCAACGCUGACAGAAGAUUCUGUUUCGAAGUCAUCACACCACAGUUCACCCGUGUAUACCAGGCUCCCUCCGAAGAGGACAUGAGGUCAUGGAUUGCAUCUAUCAAUAAUGCUCUACAGAGUGCUUUCGAAACCAGACCAUCCACCAGUGCACCAAGCACCGAAAAAGUCAGCUCCGCACGAAAUACGAUCGCCGCGGUGUUGACUGGAAAGACCACACCCUUCUCUUCCCAAAGAGCAUCGACCAACGCGACCUCGUCGUACAUAAGCUCUUCGAGCAAGAUCGUCUCGCGCCAUGCCACUACAGGUGAUAAGCCAACCUACAUGAAGCCCGACAAUGAGACGCCAUCAGCCCUUCUGAACCAGAUUCGAGAAUCCGAUGCUGGCAACAAGUACUGCGCCGAUUGUAAUUCCGAGCACAAGGUUGAGUGGGUCUCGAUCAAUCUCGGCAUAAUUCUGUGUAUCGAGUGCAGUGGCAUUCACAGGUCGUUGGGAACGCAUAUUUCCAAAGUGCGAUCGUUAACACUCGACACGUCCGCCUUCACACCCGACAUCAUCGAACUACUCAUGUUGGUUGGCAACCGUGUUAGCAACAUGGUCUGGGAAGCAAAGCUUGAUGCUUUCCUCAAACCGGGUCCUAAUGUGACCCGGGAGCAACGUCUGCACUUCAUCACAGGCAAGUAUAGCGAUCGAUUGUACGUUCAAGGCUCGACAGAUGCCAUGGCACAUUUCAAGAGCCCAGACGACACCUUGCUUGUCAGUAUCAAACAAAACAACAUCCAAAAAGUGUUGUAUGCUCUCGCACUGCGAGCGAAUCCCAACGCCGCAGACCGUUCUCGUGGGACACAUGCUGUGUUCCUUGCUCUCGCGGCUGCAGACCCUGCCUCCCCUUCCAGCUCCUUUGUGCAACAGCGCAGUGGAUCGUCAACUCUUUCAUCACCAGGCUUGAGCCCGAUGGGUCAGCCAUCACGCCCGACAACCCCCACCCCUACCAGAAAGCCUUUCCCUGUUGCGGAGCUCUUGCUACAGAAUGGAGCGGAAAUUCCAACACAACCUGCGCCCAUACCCUUGUCACGAGCCGCACAACAGUACAUUGAGUUCAAGAUAGACCAGAAGACUGGUCGACAUUUGGGAGUCGGUGCAAAAGACUCAGCCGGUGAUGUACUUUCAGCACUACCAAGCGACAAGCACAGCCCAAACGAUCGUGAUAGCAGAUUGAUCAAGAGGCAGAGUACUGGGUCUAGGAGUGCGGUGUCGAGCAGAGACGGAAGUAUAGGGAGAAGGUGA